AGGCACCGCAGACUCGCCACAUUGUAGCGCACUGGGCCGGGGGGCGGGGCGGCGCGCGCGGUCUCUGGGAUCUUCUCGGCGCAGCAGCAGGGAGGGAGCGCGGCGCAGACAUGGGGGCGCAGCUCAGCAGGCUUGGCGGGAUUGUGACAUACCCAUUAUGGGUAGUUAUCAGCUUGAUCAUGAGACUCUUUAGGAAACCCCCUCCUGCAAUUACCCUGGAGGACCCUGAAGUGAAAUACCCACUAAGGCUGAUUGACAAAGAGGAAAUUAGCCACGACACGAGAAGAUUUCGCUUUGCCCUUCCAACUCGAGAGCACAUUCUAGGUCUCCCUGUUGGACAGCAUAUUUAUCUUUCUGCACGGAUUAAUGGAAAUCUGGUUGUCAGACCCUACACACCAGUCUCCAGUGAUGACGACAAAGGCUAUGUGGAUCUUGUUGUCAAGAUUUAUUUUAAAGGGGUCCACCCAAAGUUCCCCGAAGGAGGAAAGAUGUCUCAGUAUUUAGACAGCCUGAAAUUAGGGGAUACCAUUGACUUCAGAGGGCCCAGUGGAUUACUUGUCUACAAGGGAAAAGGCACGUUUGCUAUUCGCGCUGAGAAGAAAUCUGAACCUGUUCUUAAAACAGUGAAAUACGUUGGAAUGAUCGCAGGUGGAACUGGCAUAACACCUAUGCUGCAGCUCAUUCGUGCCAUCAUGAAGGACAAAGAUGAUACCACCAUUUGUCAGCUGCUGUUUGCUAAUCAGACUGAGAAAGAUAUCCUGUUACGUUCAGAACUGGAGGAAGUUCAGGUUCAGCAUCCAGAACGCUUUAAGCUUUGGUACACGCUGGACAGAGCACCUGAGAAUUGGGAUUAUAGCCAGGGAUUUGUGAGUCAAGACCUGCUCAGAGACCACAUGCCCCCUCCUCAAGAUGAUGUUCUGAUCCUCAUGUGUGGCCCUCCUCCAAUGAUCCAGUAUGCUUGCUUACCUAACCUGGAAAAACUGGGAUACACCAAGGACAUGAGAUUCGCCUACUAA